AUGCGUGCCGGGACUUCUCGUGGCAUCUUCCUCCACGGCGACCACAUGCCUCAGACCAAAUCUGCCUGGCCUCAGAUUCUAAGCACUAUAAUGGGCUCUGGCAACGGAGACAGGAGACAACUCGACGGCGUCGGCGGCGCCACUUCAACGACCUCGAAAGCAGCCAUUGUGUCUCCAUCUAGCCACCCGGAUGCAGACGUUGACUUCACCUUCGCUCAAGUUGCCGUCGGCGAAAACAAAGUCGAUCUCCGAGGAAGUUGCGGCAACAUCUGCAGCGGUGUCGGCCCAUUUGCCCUCGACGAAGGUCUUGUCCGCGUCAAGCCAGGCCAGAAACAGGCCGUCGUCCGCGUCCACGACACUAACACCGGCGCUCUCAUCUCCCAAACCCUCCAGGUUGCCCCCGAUGGCACCUUCCUCGCAGACGGUACUCACAAGAUAUCCGGCUACGCCGGCUCCGGAUCGCCCCUCAAGCUGUCCUGGACAAAUCCCUCCGGCACCGUCGGGACCCGCCAGUUCUACCCGACCGGCAACCCAUCCGACACCCUCACGUUUCCGUCCCUCUCCACCGGCGAAAGCACAUGCAUACAAGCCAGCCUCAUCGACGCCGCAAACCCCUUCGUCUUCGUCGACGCAGCAACCCUCCCCACUCCAAUCACCCAGUCAGACCUCGACAGCCCAGAUCUACACACCGCACUCGAAUCAACCCGCUGCCACGCCGCCGUCUUAUUUGGCCUCGCACACACCCCACAAGACGCCGCGCGCACAAGAGCAGUCCCCAAAAUCGUCCUCUGCUACCCUCCCUCGCCCUCCUCGCACGUCGAUAUCCGCGUCGUUCCAUUCAGCAUGGGCUCCCCGCACCCUUCAUUCCAACUCACCGGCACCGUCGCGCUGAGCGCUGCUCUCACGAUGCCUGGUACGGUGCCCAGCCUCAUCGCUCGCAAGGCUAGGUCUGAGGAGCCCCUGCGAAGCCCUGAAACGGGAGGAAGGGCGGGAGGAAUGGGAGGAGUGAAAAAGGCAAUCGCACAUCGCAGCGGCGUCGUCGAGGCCGUGGUCCGGAAUGUAGAGGACGCGAGCGUGCCGCUGGGCGUGCGGGUUGCGGAUGUCAGUGUCGUUACGACGGCGAGGAGGAUUUUUCGUGGGGAUGUGUUUGUGUAGAUGGCUUUGUUUGGGGGUUAUCUUUGUCGUAG